AUGCAAUAGUAAAUAUCGACUAGAUAAACAAAUUAGAUUAGGCCAUCAAUGUUUUUGAAUAAUUUAGAUUUGAACUCUGUCUUGCUGUCUCCUAAAUUGAUAUCUUCUGACUUAGAAAAGUCUCCUCUUAUCAAUUAAUUAAAAAUAAAUAAGAAAAGAGAUGCAACAAAGCUACCUGUAAUUAAAGAAAAAUCUGCAAUAUCAAUCAGUAAUAAAGAAUCUCUUGAAAACACACUUUAUAAUAAUUCAAGUAGCUAACUCACAUCAAUGAAGGUUACGUUUCAAUCAGGAGAUAAUAUAAAGUUACCACCUAUUUAAUUUACAUCUCCUUAAAAUGUAACAAAGCAUAAAAAAAAUUUUACAGAAGGAAAUCUAAUUAAAAAAAGAGUAGAAUUUAGAGCAUCUAUUUUGGUGAUAGAUUUUAUUAAUUAAGUGAUGAAGAAAGAUAAAAUUGAUGGAAGUGCAAAGCCUUUAAUUCGAAAAGGAAUGAAAAGAUAGUAAACAAAAUUACUACCAACAUUAGGAUGA